CGUGUUGAUGACAUCACUUCCGGGGUGGCAAGUUCAGGCUUCCUGCGCCUGGGAAAGGGCAUUCAGUCGGCAGUACACGGAGAGGAGAUGAGUACUAGCUAGUAUCGUUGACGAUCAAGGAAUUACCCAUACAGUAAAUAUGCUAAUAUUGAAUAAGACAGCAGGAGUCUUUUUUAAACCAUCAAGAAGGAAAAUUUAUGAAUUUUUAGGAAGUUUUCAUUUUCAUCCUGGAAAACUAUUUCUUCAUAAACUAGUAUUGGGAAUUGAAACCAGUUGUGAUGAUACAGCAGCUGCUGUAGUGGAUGAAACUGGAAAUGUUUUGGGAGAAGCAAUACAUUCCCAAACUGAAGUUCAUUUAAAAACAGGUGGGAUUAUUCCUCCAGUAGCUCAACAGCUUCAUAGAGAAAAUAUUCAACGCAUAGUGCAAGAAGCUCUCUCUGCCAGUGAAGUCUCUCCAAGUGAACUCUCAGCAAUUGCAACUACCAUAAAGCCAGGACUUGCUUUAAGCUUGGGUGUAGGUUUAUCAUUUAGCUUACAACUGGUAGACCAGUUUAAAAAGCCCUUCAUUCCCAUUCAUCAUAUGGAGGCUCAUGCACUUACUAUUAGGUUAACAAAUAAGGUAGAAUUUCCUUUUUUAGUUCUUUUGAUUUCUGGAGGUCAUUGUCUUUUGGCAUUAGUUAGAGGAGUUUCAGAUUUUCUUCUUCUUGGAAAGUCUUUGGACAUAGCACCAGGCGACAUGCUUGACAAGGUAGCAAGAAGACUUUCCUUAAUAAAACAUCCAGAGUGCUCCACCAUGAGUGGCGGGAAGGCUAUAGAACAUUUGGCCAAACAGGGAAAUAGAUUGCAUUUUGAUUUCCAACCUCCCAUGCAACGUGCUAAAAAUUGUGAUUUUUCUUUUUCUGGACUUCAACACGUUAUUGAUAAGAUGAUAAUGCAAAAGGAAAAGGAGGAAGGUAUUGAGCAGGGGCAGAUCCUGUCUUCAGCUGCAGACAUUGCUGCUGCAGUCCAGCACACCGUGGCCUGCCACAUUGCAAAAAGAACACAUCGUGCUAUUCUGUUCUGCAAGCAGAGAGGCUUGUUACAGCCAAGUAGCGCAGUGCUGGUUGUAUCUGGAGGCGUCGCAAGUAACUUAUAUAUCCGAAAAGCUCUGGAAAUUGUGACAAAUGCAACCCAGUGCACUUUGCUGUGUCCUCCUGCCAGAUUAUGCACUGAUAACGGCAUCAUGAUUGCAUGGAAUGGUGUUGAAAGACUACGUGCUGGCUUGGGCAUUUUACACAACACAGAAGGCAUCCGCUACGAACCUAAAUGUCCUCUUGGAGUAGAUAUAUCAAAAGAAGUUGGAGAAGCUGCUAUAAAAGUGCCACGAUUAAAGAUGAAGAUUUGAUUUUUGCUUUUAAAAAAAAAUCCCUAAAGGUUUUUAUUUUUUUGUAUAUAAAAUAUAUAAUAUUAAUUGUUCA